AUGGAAGUCCAGGCUCCCCACUCAGCCUUUGCUGACAAGGGUGCAGCGAGAGGGGAGCUCGUGAUUAACCGCGCCGAGGACGGCAGCAGGCGGCGGCGCUGCCCUUUCUCUGCGUGUCUCUGGGCGCGUCCCGCCCGCUCCCCGCGCCGCCCGCGCUUCUCUCGCCGCAGCUGCCGCUGGGCUGCCGCGGGCGCCGCUCAGCCGGGGCGCCCCUCGGCCCGGCCCGCCCGCGCCCCGCAGCGAGGGGGUCGCUCCCUAACGCCUCGGCCGCCGCCUGCUGCCCUGCCCGGGCCGCGCGCGGGGCGACGGCCACUCAGGUCCCCUGGUCCCCUAGAUCUCCAACCCGGGGCUUCCCGCCAGCGCCUGCGUGCCUGGAGGAGACCCAGGAAAAGAACAGGAGGCAAAAUAAAAAUGCUUCCCACCCACCAAUUCCCUUCCCUCGAGGAAAAAAAGAAAGAAAGAGAAGGCAACCCACAAAAGCACAAAGGCAAUGCCACCACGCUCCAGAUCUCCCUACUCCCAGACGGAUGGUCUCACACCACCUCCAGCUUCUUGGGGAGAUCAAAGGAAGAAAACUGGAAAAGGACUCAACUGCAACAUUUCAGGAAAAUUAAUGGAGGAGGAGGAGGAGGAAGACAAGAAAUAGAGAAACACAGCAUUCGUAUCCACAAAUAAAACUGAAUUGAAAUUGG